AUGUAUUAUAAUGACAUGAAGGAAUCGCAACUGGUGGGAAACGAAAAGAACCAACCAUUACAAUUAGAGCCUCCGAAGGAGAGUUCACAGACCUCGGCAACGAAGGUGUCGGUUAUCAGUCGGCCAGCCGUCAAAUUCACAACACCACCAAACUACGCAUCCCCAAAGACACAUGUCCACGGCUACGUUCCAGCCCUCUGGCGAGCAUCGAUAUUACGAGGCCAUCAGCAGAUGAAACGAAUCAAACCACAGCAACAGCCGCUUGAUCGACUAGCCAGGACAUCAUACCCCAUACACCAUGUGGCACGAUUUGCAACAUCUGCCAGUCUAGUUCGCGACACCCAUCGACGCGACAGUCAGGCACAUGGAUAA